GAAAAUAGCGUGAAUUCAGUACUCUUCGAAAGCCGUUAAUCUCGUUACUUCAGCUGAAGACUUGUUCCAAAUCACUAGCAAAAAGGAGGAAAAAACCCAAUUCGCUCUGCUUUUAAUUUCAAUGCACAUUCAUUCUCAAUGAAAAGAAAAAAAAAACUUAGAAAAAUUCAUUGUGUGUUUAACGACAUAUUCAUUCAGACAUGGAUGAAGAGUAUGAUGUGAUAGUCUUAGGGACUGGUCUUAGAGAAUGCAUUCUCAGUGGCCUUCUCUCCGUUAAUGGACUCAAAGUAUUGCACAUGGACAGAAAUGACUAUUAUGGCGGAGAAUCGACUUCGCUUAAUCUUAUGCAGCUUUGGAAACAUUUCAAGGGAGAUGAAAAGCCUCCGGAAACGCUAGGUUCAAGCAGGGAUUAUAAUGUUGACAUGGUUCCCAAGUUCAUGAUGGCCAAUGGCAGUCUUGUUCGGAUUCCCAUCCACACCGAUGUUACUAAGUAUCUUAACUUCGAGGCCGUGGAUGGUAGUUUCGUGUACAAGUCGAAAAUCUACAAAGUUCCGGCGACCGACGUCGAAGCACUGAAAUCACCACUGAUGGGGCUGUUUGAGAAGUGCCGUGCCAGAAAGUUCUUCAUUUAUGUCCAUGACUAUGAGGACAACGAUCUGAAAUCUCAUGAAGGACUAGACCUGAAUGUAGUGACGGCGAAAGAGCUUAUCUCAAAGUAUGGGCUAGAGGAUAAUACAAUUGACUUCAUCGGUCAUGCCCUGGCACUUUACAGUGAUGAUAGUUACUUGGAUCAGCCGGUUAUGAGUUUUGUUAAGCGGAUGAAGCUCUAUGUAGAGUCAUUGGCUCGGUUUCAAGGAGGAUCUCCUUAUAUCUAUCCACUAUAUGGACUGGGAGAAUUGCCUCAGGCAUUUGCGCAUUUAAGUGCAGUUUACGGAGGUACUUACAUGCUCAACAAGCCUGAAAAUGCAAGGUGUCUUUACAUAUCUCUUGCGAAAUUUCGGAAUGGGAAAACCGCAAAGUGCAAGAAAGUUGUUUGUGAUCCAUCUUAUUUGUCUAAUAGGGUUCAGAAGGUUGGAAAAGUAGCGCGUGCCAUCUGCAUAAUAAGCCAUCCUAUUCCAGAUACCAAUGAUUCGCACUCGGCCCUAGUUAUUCUGCCUCAGAAACAACUCGGUCGUAAAUCGGACAUGUUUGCUGAUAACUGUCUCAGCUAUCUUAUUUUGCUUAUCAUCGGUGUUCUGCAAUUUCUGAGGUUUGCUUUUGAUAUUGCAGGUACCUUUUUUGUUGCUCAUAUGCUCAUAAUGUGGCUCCCAAGGGAAAAUACAUUGCUUUCAUUUCGACAGAGGCCGAGACCCCCAAGGUAG